GACAACCUGUCAUACAUAAAAAAUUUUCUAGUUUGUUUGAAGCAAAAGAAGCGCUAGCUCAGUUCAAGGCAAGCUAUGCAGGAAAAGCUCAAUCACCAGCUAUACCAGCACAGAAGCAAAUGCCUAUAUUAGGCAAGAUUCCAAGCCGCAGACCACUCACGAUUGGAAGCAUACAGUCUAAACAACAAAAAGAAGAGAUGACCAAGCUCACAAAAAACAUUUUUGACCAUGAAUUUAAGUUUGUGGUUAAUUACACAGAUGAAGAUAAGCAGACAAGCAUUUAUCCAGUUGAUGGUUCAUAUCUCGGACCAAAAGCAAUCGCUCUACCAGAGGCAGAUCCAAUGAAAGUAUACAUGAUGUUCCAAUCAGGGUUACUGAGUUGUAUUUAUUUCAGAGAUGCACAUAUGUUCCAAUACUUCCCGAUCAACAUCAAGAAGGCAAUUUCCCAAUACGGUAAGCACGUACUCGGGAAAAAAGAAGGAUUCAUAAAGAUAUUCGCCACCACACCAAUUUUUGGGGAGGGGGAGAAGUCACAAGAAGUAAUACAACCAGCAAUCCAAUUUUGUCAAAUUGGAAUAAGCAAUGGAAAUUAUCCAGACAUCGGACAAGCACAACAUGAAGACGAAUUAAUUCAGUUCCUUAAUAAUUAUGUUAUAAUACUAAACAAAGGCAUUAAGAUCAAGGGACGAAUUAAUUAUGCAGCAAAGUCCAUUAUCAUUUGGAGUAUGCAAGCACGAGAUCCAGCAGAGAUAGACAUCAAGCUACUCAACAAAUAUCUGGAUACACUAAUAAAAAUACAAUUUGAUAUUCCAGAAACAAUCAAGAAGGAAAUCUGCAUCAGGCUACAGAAGGAAUUCACAGAAGAUCACAUUUGGAUCGAGGCCAGGGUGAUUGAGCACAGACUUAACAUUGAUCUCAGUGUCAGACCGGUGAAGCAGAAGAGAAGGCAUCAUGGUGCGGAGAUGGACAAAAUCAUCGAGCAGAAGGUCGACAAGCUGUUGAACGCUGGACACAUUAAAAAGAUUCAGUUCCCCGAGUGGUUAUCCAAUACAGUCAUGGUGUCCAAAUUAGGAGGGAAGUGGAGGAUGUUCAUCGAUUUCCGUGAUCUAAACAAGGCUUGCCCGAAAGAUCUUUACCCGCUGCCAAGGAUCGACCAGCUGGUGGACUCCACGGCAGGAUGCGAGUUGCUUAGCCUGAUGGACGCCUCUCAGGGAUAUCACCAGAUCCCCUUGGCAAAAGAAGACUGGAAGAGGGUGAGUUUCAUAACAAGCAAGGGCACUUAUUGCUAUGUAUUCAUGCCAUUCAGACUAAAGAAUGCCGGGGCCACCUACCAACGUCUCGUCGACCAAAUUUUCAAAGACCAGUUGGGGAGGAAUAUGGAGGUGUAUGUCGACGACAUGCUGGUGAAAAGCAAGAAGGAGGACGACCACGCGGCUGACCUGAGGGAGACCUUCCAGACAUUAAGGAGGUUUGGCAUGAAGCUCAACCCGGCUAAGUGCUCGUUUGGGGUAAAGUCGGGAAAGUUAUUGGGGUACAUGGUGACAAAGCAAGGGAUAGAGGUGAAUCCUGAAAAAGUAAAAGCGGUGAUCGAAAUGAAGCCACCGGCUAAUGUGAAGGAGGUCCAAAUACUAACUGGUCGGAUAGCGGGCCUAAGCAGAUUCAUUUCCAAGGUGGCCGAAAAGAGCAGCCCUUUGUUCAAAACCCUGAAGAAGAGCUCGAAAUUUCAGUGGACAGAGAAAGCCCAAAAAGCCUUCGAGGAGUUGCAAAGGACGCUGGCUAACUUGCCCUUAUUGGCCAAGCCAAUUCACGGAGAGGAGCUCGUGCUCUACAUAUCGGUGGGCGAGAGUGCUGUAAGCCCAGUAUUAUUACGAGAAGAAGAAGUGACACAAUUCCCAAUAUAUUAUGUCAGUCGGGUAAUGCAAGGAGCAGAGUUGAGGUACUCGGAAAUUGAGAAAUGUGCACUGAUGGUGGUCGUGACAGUUCGGAAGCUGAGGCCAUACUUCCUGAACCACAAAGUCAAGGUGCGCACAAACAUGCCGUUGGAGCAGACUUUAGGUCGACCAGCAGUGUCUGGUCGACUAAUAAAGUGGGCGGUCGAGCUGAGCGAGUACUCUAUAAAAUAUGAACCAAGAAGGGCGAUCAAAGGGCAGGUGUUGGCCGAUUUCAUACAGGAAGGUACAAAGGAGGAGGAAGAUGGUGGAGGAAUGUGGCA